AUGACGAGACAUGACGUCGAAGCGGACGUCGGACGUCACGGUCUUGUCCCGCCACAUCUGACUCAAGCGUCCGAAUCCCGUUACACUGAAGCAUCCGAUAUCGGGAUCGUGCCGCCCGUCGGUGGAGAUGAGAUGGGAGACGACAGAUGUGGGAGAUGGGAGAUGAGCGAUGAGCGAUGGGAGAUGGGAGCCGAUGAUGGCGCCAUGGUGGCAUGGCCACCUCAGAAGGGAACCACGAGGUGGUGGUGUUCCCAGGACAAGAAAGAAAGUAACAGGACUCAGGCUCCCAAGCGCCGCGCCGCCACCGAGAAAUCGGGAGACGCCGCCAACCAAGCAACGCGGGAGCACACCCCCAACCCAAGAGAACGGGAGCACGCCGCCGACUACAUAAGCAUAGGCGAUGACUUGGAUGCCGCCGCCGCCCAAGAGAACGAUCGAGAAGAUUCAACACCGCCGGCCGCCCAAGAAAAGUGGAGCAGCGUCGCACGGAAACCAGAAGGGGGGUUGGUAUCCAUAGCCUAG